GCUGUGAUGCCGCUGAGUAUUCUGGCUCUCUGCCUGCUGGUUUGUAUUCACUCUGGCAUAAAUGCAUACCCAGCCAAACCUGCCAGUCCACGGCAAGGCGCGCCACCUGAGGAGCUUGCCAAAUAUUAUUCUGCACUAAGACACUACAUCAACCUCAUAACAAGACAGAGGUAUGGGAAACGAGACAGUCCUGAUACUGUAUUUUCUGAUGUGCUAGUGAGGGAGAGCACAGAAAGUGUUCCAGGAUCCAGCUAUAUCAGGUAUGAUGGGCUGCCAUUAUGGUGAUGCUGCUAGAGCUGUUACAUCCAGGUUGACUUUACCAUAACGCUGCCACUACGACGUCUUUUACUCCCAU